ACUGGUUUGGCGCCUGCGCAGAAGGCAGCCUUGCUCUCUGGCUCAGAUGCUCGCAGUGUGGGAAGGGGUCGAGGCAGAUGCUGGAGUUCUCCCUGCUCUGAAGGACGGCUGAAGGGAGGAGGAGGAGGAUAAAAGGGGGAAGAGGGCCGCGGCCUUGUCUGGCUUCCCGCCAUGACGGCGAACGAGGACCAAGAGAUGGAGUUAGAAGCUUUGCGGUCGAUUUAUGAAGGAGAUGAGUGUUUCAAGGAACUUAGCCCAGUAUCAUUUCAAUAUAGGAUAGGUGAUAAUGGAGACACUAAAGCCUUCCUGAUAGAAAUAUCAUGGCCAGAAACGUACCCCCAAACAGCCCCUGUAAUAUCAAUGGAUGCAUUCUUCAACAAUGCCAUAUCCUCAGCUGUAAAGCAAAGCAUAUUAAAUAAAUUAAUGGAGGAAGUUGAAGUUAACCUUGGGACCUCUAUGACAUACACCAUUUUUGAAUUCGCCAAAGAUAAUAAAGAAUUAUUUAUGGAAAAUCAACCUGCCCAUACUGUGACAGCAUUGAACAACUGCAUCCCAACUGGACAUUCUGAUGUUGUUCAACCAAGUAAGAAAAAAGAGAAAAAAGAACAGUUAACCAAAACACAAAAACGCAAGCUAGCAGAUAAAACAGAUUCCAAAGGGGAACUUCCUCGAGGAUGGAAUUGGGUUGAUGUAAUCAAGGUAACAUAGAUCACGGUUUAAAUGCAUUACAAGUGUGUAGUUUCAGGAGAUUUUAUAGUGUCUAAUCCCUUUCUCUCUCUUUCCAUAUAUUUUGGACACAAAUAACAUCUGGAUUAUCUUCUUGCGUUUAAAUAGCAUCUAAGCAAAACGGGCUCCAAGGACGAUGAAUAAGAGGACUCUGAUAUAGGAAAAUGUAAACUUUUACUACAUUGCAGUCAACUACCUUUGGCUCUUUUUUCACUUUUUAUAAAAUGACAGUUCCUCCUA